CAGUGCACGGAACUUUCCAAGUUGCUGCAGUUGUGGAAAAACGGCCACAGCUCUCUCUCUAUAACUUCUCCACCACCACCACACCAUCUCUGCACCACCCCCGUGCACAGCCAUCGGCCCUUCUUCUCCGGCAGCUCCAGCCAUGGACCGCCGGCUCUACGAGGCCAUCGUGAAAGGUGACGUCCCCGCCUUCCUCAGACUCGUGGAACAAGACGAGGAUCUCCUCAAACAAACCACCAGCAGAUCAUCAAACACCUCGCUCCACCUGGCGGCCCGGUUCGGGCAUGCUGAGCUGGCAGCAGCGAUCUUGGAGCUGCGGCCGGAGAUGGUGGGGGCAGAGAACGCGGAGAUGGAGACGCCGCUGCAUGAAGCGUGCAGGGAGGGCUGGAUGGAGAUCGUAAGCUUGGUGCUGGAGAUGGAUCCAUGGGAGGUUUACAAGGUGAAUGGAAGAGAGGAGAGUGCGCUGUUCGUCGCAUGCGAGAGAGGGAGAGUUGAAGUGGCGAAGCACUUGCUAGGCAAUCCAUUGCUGCUCACGCUGGAGCUUGACUCGUGGACUACCUCUCUCCACGUUGCUGUGUCUGCGGGUCACACCGAGACGGUGAAGGAAAUACUGAAAGCGCGGCCAGCCUUCGCAAGGAAGAUGAACUGCCAGGGCUGUUCUCCGCUGCACCUAGCCUGCAGUAAAGGCCACCUCGAGAUCACCAGGGAGCUGCUUAGGCUCGAUUCAGACCUCGCCUCUUUGCAGGACCUCGAAGGCCUCACGCCGCUCCACUGCGCCGCCGCCAAGGGCCGACUCAACGUCAUAGACGAGAUCCUUUCCACCAGCCUCGAAUCCGCCGAGAUCAGGACCCGCAAAGGUGAGACCGUUCUCCACCUCGCCGUCAAGAACAACCAGUUCGAAGCCCUCAGGUAUUUGAUGGAAAUCCUCAAUGUCUCCACACUCAUCAACUUGCCGGACACCGAUGGCAACACCGUCCUCCACCUCGCCAUCGCCGGGAAGCUCAGCGCUAUGGUCAUCUACCUGCUCAAGCUUGGCAUAGAUGUAAAUGCUCUAAACCGGAAGGGGCACACAGCACUAGAUGUAGUUGCAUCUGAUGCCAGUAACUCUGGUGCUCUUGCUAUUGUACCAGCGCUGCUAGAAACAGGAGCUAAGAGAGGUGAAGAGCUGCCUCCUUUUUCUCCAGAUAUCCAACGUAUUGCUGAGCCCUUUGCACCGGGAAGGUUUCAUGAAAACAUCCAGAAUUUGCCAAAAAAGAAGGCCUCAGGAUAUCAACGCCAGCACCAUAGGCACCGACAUCGCAGAGCAACACAGCUUGAACAUCAGAUGGAGGGGAUCAGAAAUGCCCGAAAUACGAUAAUUGUUGUGACCGUUUUAAUAGCAACGGUUACAUUUGCUGCCGGCAUAAACCCCCCUGGCGGCUUUAACCAAGAGACUGGAAAGGCUACAAUGGGUAGGCAAACUCCUUUCAAAAUAUUCAUGACGUUCAACAUUGGUGCAUUGUUCUUGUCACUUGGUAUUGUCAACAUUCUCGUGAGCGUUAUUCCUUUCAGGCGAAAAGCCAUGAUGAAACUGUUAACACUGACACAUAAGAUCAUGUGGCUAUCUACCCUGUUCAUGUCGUUGGCUUAUGUUGCUGCCGUAUGGGCAAUUAUGCCACAUGGUGAGGGGAUGGGAUGGGUGUCCAUUGAGCUGGUUUGCCUUGGUGGAGGCUGCACAUUAACUGUGUUUUUACUUCUAGGAGUAAUGCUUACAAAGCAUUGGCAUAGAAAAUGGGAAUGGAGGAAAAGCAACGAGAAGAAAAACAAGGAUGGAACCCCCAAAAGUACCAACAGUCGUGUUGGAGAGUUACGUAUGACUAAGAGGGGUAGUCGAGAAUCCACAAGUAACUCGGACAUUGAUAGCUCAGAUCAAGGAGGUUACCACUUGUAUUAGAUAUUGCUGAUCAUAUAUGCGCCCUCCUUAGCAUUUAGAUAGGACGAUGCAUAUUACUAAUAUUACUUGCAUUUUCUCUUUUCCAAUAUAUCAUUGUUCUAUAUCACGUAUUUCUAGCUGAUUUUCUUUGUUGACAGAAUCUGUAAUGUUUAAAGAGUGUCUUAGCAUUUCAUUUGCA